GCAUGUAAGGAAUGGAGUCCUCUCAACACUCAUUGUCCAUGAGGCCAUUUGCAGGUCUGGGAUCAGCUAGCCUUUCCAAAUACUAAGAUGCUUGAUAGAGGAGGGAAAGGACAAACUGGCUCGAGUUCAGUGCUUGGCAAGGUUGGUCGAGUUGGAAUCCUCUAAUGUGGACCAUGCAGAACCAGCCCAACCUAUAAAUAAUACUGACAAAUCUUUAGAGGAAAAGAACACAGAACCUGGAGAAAACAAGGGGAGGCGGCGCAACAUGAAGACUGACCUUGCAGCAAGGGGCUUCUUCCUAAAAGCCAUGGCAGUGUUGCUGUUGUUGGCUCUGGUGUGGACAGCCAUGGCCUCUUCCACGCAGUUGUCAGCAGUGGAGUCCUGUGGGCCAGAGGUUGCAGCUCUCAAGCGCAGCAUCAGGAAACUGGAGAAUAAGCUCUUGAUUGGGACUUGGCAGGUGGAGCACUUGCAGAUGCACAAAUACUUCAAGCCAUUUCAAUCCGCUGCACCUAAUACUAAACCUGAAACUGACGCAGGCCCCGCUGUAAACCACAACAGCAGUGGAACAUUAGACAGCUCUGAUAUGACACUGAUGAAACCACUUCCACCAGCAGGCAGUUUAAUUGUCCACGACAAAGACUGCUCUGAGCUGUUUGACAGACUGAGACCACCAAGCGGUUUUUACCGCAUCAGACCCAAAUCACACCAGGAGCCUUUUUUGGUCUACUGUGACAUGAAAGAUGGAGGAGGAUGGACAGUGUUUCAGAAACGUCGGCACGGAAAAGUUGAUUUCAACAGAGACUGGGUGGACUACAGAGAUGGCUUUGGUGACUUGAAACUGUGGAAUGAUGAGUUUUGGUUGGGGAAUGAGCACAUUUAUUCUCUACUCUCAGAAGGUCAGAACCUGGUGAAGAUAGAUCUAAUGGACUGGGAUGGAAAGAGAAAUUACGCAUUUUAUGAGAACUUCAGGAUCACAGAUGAGGCUGACAAGUAUCGCCUCCAGUAUGAGCUGUAUAGUGGGCAAGCUGGGGACGCUCUGACUGGUGGUGGGGGGGUGGUGGAGCACUGGUCCGCCUGCCUCAGCGGUAUGCAGUUCAGCACCAGAGAUCAGGACAAUGAUCGCUACAUUCAGGGCAGCUGUGCUCAGGAGAAUAAGGCAGGAUGGUGGUUCAACAGGUGUCAUGCAGCCAACUUAAAUGGGAAGUUCUACCGCACAGGGAAGUACAAGGGCCAGUAUGACAACGGUGUGGUGUGGGGGACCUGGAAAGGCCUGUGGUAUUCCCUUAGACACACCACCAUGAAGGUGCGGCCUUUGGUUUUCUUGGACACCAUGGGCAGUGGAGCGGGGGAAAUGUAAAAACCAGGCUGGGUGAAUGAGGGCAAAGGCAUGUUUACACUCUUCGUAUUUUAAUUUCUCCCUUUGCGUCAUCAGUUGAAACUAUUAUCAACUUGCAAUAGCACAGUAUCUUCUGUUCUCAAAGUAAGCAUCCUUUCUAUAAAGUGUAUCAUCUUACUCAAAAAAUAAAAACAA